AGGUGAUGGAGAAGAGUGAGAUAGUGAAGAGUAGUGAUGGGUUCAUUGACCGGAGUAGAGUAAGGAUAUUGCUGUGCGAUAAUGAUGAGAGAAGCUCUGAAGAGGUUUUCAAACUUUUGUGUAAAUGUUCUUAUCAAGCUGUCCUCAUGCCUGCCUUCACCAACGCCAGUCUGUCACACUUUCACUCCUAUUACCAGCCCAUAAUCACAAUAUCAAUGAAUGAGCACCUAAAGGCAUGAUGGAGAAGUACCGGCACUGGUUCCAACUCUGAAUUUUCCUCUGUGCACAGUUUAAUUCCUUCAUUAGUAACUGCUCACUAGCUCUCUUGGAAUGCUUUUCCAAACCCAUUAUACAGGCUGAAGUGUUGGCAUCAUUGACCUUAUACAUUUCCAUAAUUAAGCUUAGUUCUAGCCACUGAUAUCAAUAACCAUUUACCUGCCAUGUAUUGUGAUCAGUCCCUUUCAUGCUUACAUCUUGUUUAUGUCACCUACAUAUUUGUUGAGUAUCUGGUGGAAGGCUUACAGCUUCACUCAGCCCCCUUCUGUCAAGUAUUAAAAUAGCUGCUUUAGUUUCUCAAAAUGGCCUCUUGAUACAUUUUUAAUGUGCACUGGCGUCUCUUCUAUCUAGCCUUGUCCAAAAGUUCCAAUUACCAUAUGCUCCCACUUUUAUCCCACUGCAGAGCAUUUCAGAAAUUUGCCACACUCUACCGCAGACUGGACAACAAGAAAAGUUUUUAGUUACUUCUGUGAAGUCACCAAGGCAGGUGAUUGAUGCGCUGAAUGCUGAGGGGCCUGAUAUAGAUAUUAUUCUUUCUGAGGUUGACUUACCUAUGUCUAAAGGACUAAAAAUGUUAAAAUAUAUCACACGGGACAAACAGUUGCGGCGUAUUCCUGUGAUCAUGAUGUCAGCUGAAGAUGAGGUCUCUAUCGUUGUCAAGUGUCUGAAACUUGGUGCAGCUGACUAUCUUGUGAAGCCAUUACGUACCAAUGAGCUGUUGAACUUGUGGACACACAUGUGGAGGAGGAGGAGAAUGCUUGGGUUAGCUGAGAAGAACAUCGUAAAUUAUGAUUUUGAUCCGGUUGCAUCAGACCCUAGUGAUGCUAAUACCAACAGCACUACUUUAUUUUCGGAUGACACAGAUGACAAGUCUCGAAGAAAUACUAACCCAGAGACAUGUGCUUCAACCCAUCAGGAGAACGAGACUAAUGCUACCACAACUGCUGCACCUAUAGAGACUGCCACUGGGGAUCCUUCAGGGUGUCAGCCUGAUGUGCCGGGACUAAGUGACAGACAGAGAGGACAAAUUUCACCAUUUCCAAAGAAGAGUGAGCUGAAGAUUGGUGAAUCUUCAGCCUUUUUCACGUAUGUCAAAUCAAGCAUACCUAAAAGCAACAAUCAAGGGAAGUCUUCUGUCCAGGAAAAUGCACCUCAGAAUGAGAAAUUUAUAGAGAAUGUUAACAUGGUGAGUUGUCAAGUGGGUACUGAUGUUAGAGGACGAGAGAACAGGAAGUCCCUGGAAAACCAUUCACAAGCUGAUGACUAUACGAGAAGUAACAGUGUUCCCAAUUCUUUUUCUAUGGAGAGGUCUUGUACUCCCCCUGUAUCUCUGGAUAUCUCCCAACAAAGGCACUCCAAAGAGUUUUCUCAUGCUCAUUUACGUGUAAGAAGUGACUCUCCCAGUGAUGUUGCUGGUUGCUAUCCACACACUGCCUAUCCUUAUUACAUGCCCGGAGUAAUGAAUCAAGUAACAAUGCAAUCAGCGUCUAUGUAUCAAAAGAACUUGCCAGAUAUGCUCAAUCAUGUUAAUUCUGCUGUAAUGCCUCAGUACAAUCAUAUUCCACAAUGCCCUCCACAAGUCCCCGGAAUGGCAUCUUAUCAAUAUUACCCAUUUGGUAUAUGCCUACAACCAGGUCAAAUGGCUGCGCCACAUCCAUGGCCGUCGUAUGGGAAUUCCUCCAAUGAGGGGAAGUUGAGUAAAGUUGAUCGUAGGGAGGCAGCCUUGCUGAAGUUCAGGCAGAAGAGAAAGGAAAGAUGUUUUGACAAGAAGAUCAGAUAUGUCAACCGGAAAAAACUCGCAGAACGUAGACCUCGUCUGAGAGGCCAGUUUGUGAGGAAGGUAAAUGGCGUAAAUGUGGAUCUUAAUGGGCAACCAGCUUCAGCAGAUGACGAUGAGGAAGAUGAGGAAGAGUAUGAUGAGGAAUAUCAAUCUAACAUGGACUUUUCACCCGAUGAUGAUGCCUCACUAUGCCAACAAUGAACUGCUAACUUACAAAGCAAAUAGCAUGUGGAUUUGUCACUCAGGAGUCAGGAAGUUGGUGAAUAUUGCAGGCAAGGAGUUGGUUUCCUUUGAGCCUGUUGCUAAAUGUUUCACAUAUUAAUCUGAGAUUGCCUAUAUGUGACGUUGUGAUACGAAGGAAUCGCCUACAUGAUUUCAAGAUGAUUCAUCGGACCAGAUGGAGCUCUCCGAAGAGAUUGUCGCCUAUGCCCGGCAGGGAGAUAUGUUCCUGAUUUCUGUUAAUUCUCUUAGCUCUCAUCUCGUAUUUUUAACUUCACAUGUUUUCAAAGGAAAAGAUAACAUUGACCGGGUGGUUUCACUGUCUAAAACACAUUAAUGAAACCACAGUGACUGGGUGUACUAUUUGCGCUGUAACUAAAAUUAUGAUCUGACUGCCCAUAACUGGUGCAUGAUAUGGAAGAAUCCCAAAGUAUUAAG